AUGGCAACCAACAUGGAGGUGCUGUCUCAGCAGGUAGUGGAGGCUCAGCAGGUGGCUGAGGUGCAGACUCUUCAGGCUUCGUUACCAGAAUCUCCAGUGAUGACCAGCCCUUCCCAGCGCAUCCAGAUCAUUUCCACAGACUCUUCAGUAACCUCUCCGCAGCGCAUUCAGAUUGUGACAGAUCAGCAAACAGGUCAGAAAAUCCAGAUAGUGACAGCAGUGGACUCGGCUGUGUCUCCAAAGCAGCAGUUUAUUUUAGCCAGCCCGGAUGGCAGUGGUGCAGGAAAGGUGAUCUUGGCAGCACCAGAGACGUCUAAUGCCAAGCAGCUGAUCUUUGCUACUGCGGACAACAUCGUGCCAGGCAGAAUUCAGAUCGUGACGGACUCUGCUUCGGUGGAACGUUUGCUGGGCAAAGCUGAUGCGCAGCGGCCCCAGGUGGUAGAAUACUGCGUAGUCUGUGGUGAUAAAGCAUCAGGUCGUCACUACGGUGCUGUCAGCUGUGAGGGAUGCAAAGGUUUCUUUAAAAGGAGUGUGAGGAAGAACUUGACCUACAGUUGUCGUAGCAACCAGGACUGUAUCAUCAAUAAACACCAUCGGAAUCGCUGCCAGUUCUGUAGGCUUAAGAAAUGUCUGGAGAUGGGCAUGAAAAUGGAAUCGGUUACUUUCGAUGUGCAGCGUGAAAAACCGACCAACUGUGCAGCCUCCACUGAGAAGAUCUACAUCCGAAAAGAUCUACGGAGCCCUCUCAUAGCAACGCCAACGUUUGUGGCAGAUAAAGACGGCACGCGGUCGUCGGGUCUUCUGGAUCCGGGAAUGCUGGUGAACAUUCAGCAGCCUUUGAUCAGGGACGACGGCACAGUCCUCCUAACUGCCGACUCCAAGGCCGAACCCAGCCAGGGUGCUUUGGGGACGCUGGCCAAUGUUGUCACAUCUCUUGCUACUCUCAGCGAGUCGCUGAGUAACGGUGAUACGUCGGAGGGUAAGCAGGAGGAGCAAUCUGCAAGUGAGAUUACACGGGCGUUUGAUACUUUGGCUAAAGCACUUAAUACCACAGAUGGUACAGCAGCUCAUCACCUGGCAGACGGGAUGGAUCCUACGGGAGCUGGGAACAUUCAUGUCAUCAGUAGGGACCACUCCACACCAAUCAUUGAGGUGGAAGGACCCCUGCUGACAGACACACACGUCACGUUCAAGCUGACCAUGCCCAGCCCGAUGCCGGAGUACCUUAACGUGCACUACAUCUGUGAGUCAGCGUCGCGGCUCCUUUUCCUCUCUAUGCACUGGGCUAGGUCCAUACCUGCGUUUCAAGCUCUUGGGCAGGACUGCAACACGGGCCUUGUGCGGGCCUGCUGGAACGAGCUCUUCACCCUUGGCCUGGCCCAGUGCGCGCAAGUCAUGAGCCUCUCCACAAUCCUGGCUGCCAUCGUCAACCACCUCCAGAACAGCAUCCAGGAAGAUAAACUUUCUGGAGAGAGGAUAAAGCAAGUCAUGGAGCACAUCUGGAAACUUCAGGAGUUCUGUAACAGUAUGGCCAAGCUUGAUAUUGACGGAUACGAAUACGCGUACCUUAAAGCUAUAGUCCUCUUUAGCCCUGAUCACCCUGGUCUGACCAGUUCAACCCAAAUAGAAAAAUUCCAGGAGAAGGCACAGAUGGAAUUGCAGGACUAUGUACAAAAAACCUAUCCCGAAGAUACCUAUAGGCUGGCCCGCAUUCUAGUCCGCCUGCCGGCCCUUAGGCUGAUGAGCUCCGGCAUCACCGAGGAACUGUUUUUCACUGGCCUCAUUGGAAAUGUCCCCAUUGACAGCAUCAUCCCCUACAUUCUCAAGAUGGAAACGGCCGAAUACAACGGUCAGAUAACUGGCACGUCUGCAUAA